GGAGCAGUGGAGCCAUUGACAGUAUCGAAGUUCGGAUCACCGACGAUAGCGACACCGACGAGACACCCUUACCAACUUCUCACCGACCAGUAGUUCUUCAAGAUGGGUGCCUGUAAACCAAGAGGUCUUCACGCCGCACGAAAACUCCGUAACCAACGACGAGAGAACCGAUGGGCCGAUAAGACUUACAAGAAACGUGCCCUUGGAACCGCUUACCGAUCAUCUCCCACUGGUGGAUCAUCUCACGCUAAAGGUAUCGUACUUGAAAAGGUUGGUGUUGAAGCUAAACAACCUAACUCUGCUAUCCGAAAGUGUGUUCGAGUACAAUUGAUCAAGAACGGAAAGAAGGUCACCGCUUUCGUACCUAACGAUGGUUGUCUUAACUUUUUGGAUGACAACGACGAGGUCUUGAUUGCUGGUUUCGGACGAAAGGGAAAGGCCAAGGGUGAUAUUCCUGGUGUGCGAUUCAAGUGUGUCAAGGUCUCUGGUGUCGGUCUGAUGGCACUUUGGCUCGAGAAGAAGGUUAGUUGUCGAUCCUUUGAUUUCGUUUUCACCAUCCUCUCAUUAACUCGUUGA